CUUCGGACCGCGAUGGAGAGCCUCGCCAAUAUUCAACGCCUUGAGAGACAGAAGAAAGCUGAUCUGAAGCGUCAAAUAGCGCUACUCCAAGCGCAGAUGGGCGACCUUCCGGACUCAGACCCCGAAGAGUCGCCCUCACCCAAACGACAGAAGCUAAACAAUGUCCUUGCGCCUGCCACUCCUUCUCCUAAGAAGAAGACGCGCUCUCCCCAAGUCAACACGCGUCCGGCGCUCCAGGCGUUGACCCUGACGAAGAUUGCUCCAAAGAACGAGUUUGUCCCAUUCCGACCAACAGCAUCAACCGUACUCUCCAAGCUGGCCAACACGAAACCAUCCCAGAUUGAUGAUAUGGAGGUCGAAUCUCUGCCACGGUCAACCGCAUUUACCGAUGCACCCAAGGCGCCUGAGCCUAUCGCUUCAACUUCCGUACUUCAACGGGACGAGCGGCUGGCUCUCGUGGAGACGCUUGAGAUGGGUCCAUAUGAACACACAGCGCCAUUUGACGACCCAAGAUUUGAGCAAGUCGAACCCAAUUCCGGUAUUCGGCUGAUUUCUCGGGCCAUACCACAUGAGGACGUGCAAGACUACCUACGCGGCCGCUACUAUCUCUCUCCGUCGCGCCUAUACUCCUCUAUACGCCUUCUGCCCAAUCAACAAGGCUACGAUGUUCCCGUCGAUGGUGACUGGAUAACGAUUGCUGUUGUGGCUGAACGGGGGCCGUACAAAUACAGCAAGGCUCCCGUAGAGGUAUCUCGUGAUGAAGACGACACCGAUAUCAAACACAAGAGAAAGGGGAAGGAAAAGGACAAAUCUGAUGAGCGCAAAUCAAGCGGGAAGCGCUACGUAAACCUGAAGCUUGUCGAUUUUGGACGAGGAAGUCGGUCAAAGUCCUCAGCCACUGGAGGAAAGACGGUCAUCGGUGGCGAUGCACAAUUGUCGCUUCUCUUAUUCGAAUCCGACGGCUUUGAUGUUAUCGAAGAGCCAGAUGGGUCAUCUAGAAAGAUUCAUCGUGGAGGCAGUCGAGGCGCCUUCGAGGAAAUCGCCGAUAUCAGAGAGGGCACUGUUCUUGCACUUCUCAACCCGCGAAUUCUCAAGCCAUUCCAAAAAUCAGAGAACCCUCAUCCUACCACCAAUAUCCUCGCAGUCACUCCUGAAUCUGGCUCUUCAGUGCUUGUUCUAGGACGAUCCAAGGAUCUCGGACGAUGUUCUGCCGAAAAACGAGAUGGGAGCACUUGUGGAAGCUGGUUCGACAAACGCGUCAGUGAGGUAUGCGAGUGGCAUGUUCAGUAUGCGGUGACCCAACGUCGUGCUGGAAGGGCAGAAUUUGCGGCAUCAACAUCUGGUCUUGGGUCCACUGCCAAAGCAUCGAAACGCAAAGGCGAUUAUGAUCCAAGGAAGAAGUGGGGUCUGGCUCCCUUGGAUGCAGAGAAAGGACCGACAUAUGUCUUCAGUGGACAUGUUGUGGGGGCAGCAGAUGUGAAGGAGUCAAUGCGGGUUGCAGAGAAUAUGGGGAGGGAGGGGCAAGCAAAAGCUAGUCGCAGGAUGGCUGCUAGAGAUGAGGACCUCAAGAUUAUGAAAGCAUUGGGAAAACGUGGCGGAGACAAAGCCCAAUCAUCGAAAGAGCUGCCAACCAAAGAUAAUGAGAAGGACUUGGAACUCAAGCCAAAGAUUACCAUUUCCGCGUCCAAAACAGCGUACACUCCCGAACUGAUACAGCGUAUUGGAUUUGACCCAACGCUGAAACCCGGCCAACGGCGAAGCAGUAACAUGGGGUCGCGCAACAAGUUGGACCAACUUGCACGACUGACUGCUGAUCGUGAAGUCAAACUUGGGCCGAAACCUGGUGAACGGCUUAUGACCACGGUUCGCGUACCCCAGUCAGCAUUGGGUUCGAAAGCUACGGCAAAGCCCGACGUGCAACUGGAUUCGGACGAUGAGUUGCCUGCUUGCUUGACUUUGUCCAAAGUGAAGUCGAAUGAUGACAAGAUGGUUGACUUGGAUUCGGACUCAGACUAA